CCUCGUUUUGUUUUGUGUUUGGCCUCGAUACAAGGCGAGCGCAGGCGCCUGCGCGUCGUCGACGUGGCCCGAGGCGGAGGAAGAGCCCGGCGGCGCAGCCCGCCCCCACGGCGCGCCGCCCACCGCUCCACCGCCCCAUAAAACAAUGAUGCGCGCCAGUGAUGCCUCCGACGCCGAGUGUGAAGCCCGCCAGGCGGCCCUGGGCCCGCCGAACGAGCUCGCGGUGCUGGCGGCGCUGUCCAACGCGGACGUCAUCGACGUGAGCGGCGCGGAGCCCAUCUUCGACUUGCUCGAUACGAACGGCGACGGGCGCCUGAGCGCGGAGGAGCUGCGGCAGGGCGUCCGGUCCGACGCGGUCGUGCACUACGUGCGCGAGACGGGCAACGCGAUUCUGAAGGGGCUGUUGCGAGACCGGAGAGGCGUCGGGCGCGCGCUGCAGGAGAUCGACGAUUCGAGCGGCCCCUUCGUCUCGCGGCGGGGCUGGAAGCGCUUCGUCCAGGCCAUGGCGGUUGAACGAGUAAGGCACCUGCGGGAGAUGGGCCUCGUGAAGGGCCGGUGCUACUGGGGUAAAGGGUUGGAUGACGUCCAGACGACGCCGUCGCUGCUCAAGUGGUUUUCGCCCUUCCCUCGCGGCUACCUCGAGGACUUUUGGUUCUACGCGAGGAACAACCACCCGGCCCUCUUUUGCUUACGGGACCCGGCCCAUCCUUAUGGGAGAAGCGAGGCCCUCGCGGCGGAACUCGUCCAGCAGGCCUACGCGAUCUGGGCGGCGGGUGCCGCGUCGCGCGCCGAGCGGCCCUGGACGUCGCUAAACAACUACGCGCACAACGCGCAAAUAACGGUCGCCUACAUCUCCGUGCCUCUCCUAAUUCUGGCGGAGCUCCUGUGGUUUUUGUUGGCGUGUCCGUGCGCGCGCUUCGAGCGGCGGGGCCGCAAGCGGGAAACGGUUUUCAGAUGCACGCAGAAGACCCUCGAGGCGCUCGGCCACGCCGUCGUGCUGCCCCUCGUGCUCCUCGCGUGCGGCUUCCUCGUCCUGGAGGCGAUGAGUCUCGACGGGUCCGAUAGCGACGCGCCCGUCGCGGCCCUGCGUGGAAAGCAGGCAGUGCGUUGGGUUAACGAAAUGCGACGUCCGCGCAGGUCGUGGCCUGGUGGGCGGCGGGCGUCCUCUGGUCCUACGUCAUCUGGUUCCCGGUCAAGCUGUGCGUCCAGUUCAACCUCUGCGUCGGCGCCCCGCCGCCCUGGCUCAGGCCGUUGAAAAUAGGGCGCUGGGCGGCGGAGCGGCGGCGCGCGGCCCGGAACGCGCUCUCCUUCGGCGACGCGGACGACGACCUCGACGACGUCGAGGAGCCGUGGCGCGUCUUCGAGCAGCCGUGAUGUGGUGUGUUAAGACAUCUUGUUAUACGUGGGGGGGGGAUAGAUGUACAG